AGACCGCAUCCGCUGGCCUAGGCUGUAGGAUGGUAGCGCACAGCAAGGUGUCAGCAGAUAAUGCAGUUGCAGCAGACCCGAGAUGUCUUCUUGACCCUCCGGCACGGGAACGAUCGCAGGCUCGAGGCUACCACGGCCCCGGCCGGCCCGGCACCGCGCGGGCACCGAGCAACACGCACUUCCGAACGUUCCGCUCGCAGGCGGAUUUCAGCAGCAUCACCCGAGCGAGCAGCUUGCUGGAUGCCUGCGGCUUCUACUGGGGGCCACUGACUGUCAGUGCCGCCCACGAGAAGCUGAAGUCUGAGCCCGAGGGCACCUUCCUCAUCAGGGACAGCACGCAGAAGAAUUGCUUCUUUGCCAUCAGUGUUAAGACCGCGACGGGGCCCACCAGCAUCCGGAUAAACUUUCAGACUGGGCGUUUCAGCCUGGAUGGCAGCAAGGAGACUUUUGACUGUCUUUUCAAGCUGCUGGAACAUUACGUGAGCUCGCCGAGGAAGGUCCUGGUUACCCCCCUGCGCAAAGUCCGUGUGCAGCCUCUGCAGGAGCUCUGCCGGAGGAGCAUCGUGAAGACUUUUGGAAGGGAGAAUUUAGGCCAGAUCCCUCUCAAUCCCGUUUUAAAGGACUAUCUGAAAUCCUUCCCGUUUCAGAUAUAAAAGUACAGCAUUAACUGUGGAGGGAUGUGCGAGGGAUGUGCGAAGAAAUCCAGCUUCCUGGGUUUUUAAACGUGUUUGACAGUGAGCAAACUUAUUUUUGUAGCGAUUUACUGUAUUUUGGGAUGGAACUUGAACACUUGACUUCUUAUGUUUACAAAAACUGUUUGCACAAGCCUGGGGUUUUAAAACCCUGGCGUAAUUUUUCUGCCAAGCAGAAUAUUUUAUUAUUUUAUAAUAUUUUUAAUGAUAUUAUGUUAAUAAAUUUUAUUGUGAAA